UCUAUAUAAUGGACCUCUGGCAGUUCACCAGACAGACUCUCUCUCUCUCGACUGGUUCAUCAAUCAUACCUGGAGGAUGAAGAUCAUCAUGAAGACUGCUUUACUGUUUGCAGUGCUGUGCUGUGCUCUUCUGCCUCAGUCCUCAGAUGGUCAAAUGGCUUCUGGUAUAGCAAAACAAAUUUGCUGCCCUGGUGUAGGCAGUUACAGCAAAAUUCCUCUGAAACGACUGGAGUAUUAUUACUGGACAAGCAGCAUCUGCCCCUUCCAUCAAGUUGUGUUCGUAACAAAAGCAGAGAGACAUCUCUGUAGGAAUUCAGAUGAUGAGUGGGUGAAGAAGACAAUGAAAGCCAUAGACAAGAAACUAGGGUCAUAAAUACCAAUAUGAAAGUUGGAAGAUAUUUUCUGCACCUGCUUAGAUACAUUCCCCAUACAUAUGAACAUUUGUAAAACAACGUUGUGACAUAGUAUUGCAACAUUUCAGUGUUGUUAUUAUAAUGUAAAUAUUGUAUUAUUCAAAUGUGCUGUUGAUCUUGUUUGUGUGUCAAUAAAUCUUAAUGAUCUCAUGCAAA